GUUUUAUGGUCUACCCAGGAUGCCACUGUUGACUCGAAGUUCAGUAUUGCAAGAUGGCGCUGGACGGCCCAGAAAAUAUGGAGAUGGAGGAGGUGAAAGGAGGCACAGGCCUCCGACAGUAUUACCUCUCCAAAAUAGAAGAGCUACAGCUGACAGUUAAUGAAAAGAGUCAGAACCUGAGACGUCUGCAGGCUCAGAGGAAUGAGCUAAAUGCAAAAGUCCGCCUUUUACGUGAAGAGCUUCAGCUACUGCAGGAGCAGGGGUCAUAUGUAGGAGAGGUGGUGAGAGCCAUGGAUAAGAAGAAAGUGCUUGUCAAGGUUCAUCCGGAGGGAAAGUUUGUUGUGGAUGUAGACAAAAACAUUGAUAUCAACGAUGUGACUCCUAACUGCCGGGUGGCCCUUAGGAAUGACAGCUACACCCUUCACAAAAUCCUGCCCAACAAAGUGGACCCGCUUGUGUCACUGAUGAUGGUGGAGAAGGUUCCAGACUCCACCUAUGAAAUGAUUGGAGGCCUGGACAAGCAGAUCAAAGAAAUCAAGGAGGUUAUUGAGCUACCUGUCAAGCACCCUGAGUUGUUUGAAGCCUUGGGGAUUGCACAGCCCAAGGGAGUGUUGCUUUAUGGACCUCCAGGAACCGGAAAAACACUGCUGGCGAGAGCUGUAGCCCAUCAUACAGACUGUACCUUUAUCAGGGUUUCAGGCUCUGAGCUGGUUCAGAAAUUCAUUGGAGAGGGGGCUCGCAUGGUGCGAGAGCUGUUUGUGAUGGCUAGAGAACAUGCUCCGUCCAUCAUCUUCAUGGAUGAGAUUGACUCGAUUGGCUCGUCUCGUCUGGAGGGUGGCUCCGGUGGGGACAGUGAGGUGCAGAGGACCAUGCUGGAGCUGCUCAACCAGCUGGAUGGAUUUGAGGCCACCAAAAACAUUAAGGUCAUCAUGGCUACUAACCGAAUCGACAUCUUGGAUUCAGCCCUGCUGCGGCCAGGUAGAAUUGAUAGAAAGAUUGAAUUCCCUCCUCCCAAUGAAGAGGCCCGUUUGGAUAUUCUGAAGAUUCAUUCUCGCAAGAUGAAUCUGACACGAGGCAUUAACCUGCGCAAAAUUGCUGAGCUCAUGCCAGGAGCAUCUGGGGCUGAGGUUAAGGGUGUGUGCACAGAGGCUGGAAUGUAUGCGCUGAGGGAGAGGAGGGUUCAUGUUACACAGGAGGACUUUGAGAUGGCUGUUGCCAAGGUCAUGCAAAAAGAUAGUGAAAAGAACAUGUCCAUCAAGAAGCUCUGGAAGUAACAGCCCUCGGAAACACAACCACUUUUGUUUAGUUAAUCUUUUUAUGUUUAAAGUAAUGCCAUUCUCAAUAAAUGGAAUAUACAAGCUAUACAUUGUGUUAUGGAUUUGUUGUACAAAGCUAACAGUCAUGCACGUUAUUAUAGCAUUGAGGUGCAAUGUAUUUCUUUACCUGGGCUUUCUAUUACUGGUUUGUUUCAUAUGAAAGAAUGGAAGCAAACUUUGCAGUUGCAUGAAAGAUUAAAAUAGUGUGUAUGCAAUAGCAUAUUUCUGCAGUCCAUUCCAUUUUUUUUUCUAAUGGUACCGAUUUCAGUAAAACAUGGUUUUGACACACUAUUUGAACCUCUUACACAAGUUCUUCAAAGUGAAACUUAUUUCCAUUGUAAACCCUGUCUCCAGAACUGUUGGUUAAGAUGCAAAGUUGCACAGUAAAAAAGGUCCUCUUGCUGUUAGAGAUUAAACAGCGUAUUGUUGAUGUAAGCUGCAUGUAGUCCUCCCAAGUGCCAGUGAUUUGUUGGUAGAAGAUUCUCCACUGUACCUCAUUAAAGUUUUGAAUUUUUACAAAAUACUGUUCGCUCAUUUCUUUCUGCUAUCUCAGUUUAAACAACUCAAAAAGUGGUUAUACGUUUUAGCAAUUCAUGUUUUAUUGCCUAGGAUUCAGUGAAAUUGGAUAUAUGUGACCAGCAGAGGCUGUGCACUGGAUUGUCUUCCAAACAGGUUUUUCUCAGACCACCAUCCAGAGGCAGUCUGCUUCAGCUCCCCUUGUGGAUUAAUCCCCUGGUUUCACAAACAGACCACCCACUAGCUUUUUAGGUUUUAAGUGUAAUGAUAUUUUAUCCAAAAAAAGUAAGAUUUGGUAACUCCAUUGAUGUGUUUAAUAAUAUUUAUGGAAUCUGGUACAGAAACAGUAACAUCUGCUCAACAGUUUGGCACCCUCAAACAUUUUGGUGUAUUUUCUUUUUUUCUUCUUUUUUUUUUUUUUUACUACAAUUAAAAAAUAAAUUGGAUAAGGCACUUUGGCUUGUCCUUGCUCUCUCAAAAUAUGACUCAAUCAAUUUUUCAAUAAAUAAAUAAAUAAAGCAGUAAGUGUCCACCUUUUUGUGCAUUAAUACAUUGCUAAAAUAAUACAUUAAGUCAGCAGUGUUGCCUCUUGCAGCAAAAUUAUAAAAAGGUUUUGUUUGUAUUUUAAUAGAAAUGUACCACAACUGAUUCCAUCAUAUUUUUUUUAAUAAAAAGCAAAUGCAAUACAAACCAUGCAAUUUUUUUUAAAAAAGAGCACCAUUAACACAAAGCCUUUCCACACCCUCCUGCAAAGAACAAAAAAUAAUUUGAACAAUAUUUCCAAUGAGCUGUAGACCAAACCGUUAAUUCUUCAAUUACUAGACAAUCAUUAAACCAGCCUCACCUCACCACUGGUUGUAUAUGUACACCUGUAAGAGAUGCUGGCUUUCAGUAAUAUAAAAACAUUGUCUUCGAACACGUUCUAACCUGUUCUUACUGUAGUUUCCCAAUAAAGAUAAUAAACAGGGUGGUAGUUCAUGGAAUUUGAAUUAGAUAUAGCAUAUUUUUGCAUAAUGUCCUUGCAAGUCGCCUCAAAUGUAAUUUCAUUCCUAUUUAUUUAUUUUUAAUCCACAGUAAUGUGAUUUUUUUUUCUUACAAUAUUAGUCUGCAUUGAGUGUUUUUACUUAAGUUCAGAGUAUGUUCUUCAGUUUGAAUUGCCUGGAUUUAUGUAAUACAAGCUAGAUCACCAACGGCAAUCUCUUAAUCAAGUUGCCUUUUUUUUUUUUUUUUUUUUUUUUGCUGUUAAAUGACUGCUGUGCACUAGAUGGUGCUAGCCCCAAUACAGAGACGGUAGCCUACAUCACAUAUCAUGGGAUGCAAUUAGAACUGAAGAGCAGAUGUUGAACUCGCAGUCAAAAGCACCCUAACAAAGACCUAGGAAAAAGAAUCAUAUUUCAGAACUGCAUACAAAAGGUAAGGGAAACAACGCAGGAUAUUUGAAUCUACUGUUGGACAUGUUUCUGCAGGGACUCACCUAGCAAGGCAGAAAAAUAAUGCAAUCUACAGAAACAUGAUACAGGGCUUUUGAGAUGUCCGUUAUGCAAAUGAGAGAACUGAAAACAUCUCUAAAGUAGAGCCGCUUUAUUAAAAGCACGUUUGGCACACAAACAGUUUUUCCACAGGACUGUCAAGGUGUAAUUUAUUGCUGUUCACAUUGAAAAGGAGCUCUGUCAUACCAUGCUUUAGUUUGCAUAGCAGCUCUACCCCGUGACCCUUGAGUAACUUAUCAAGGCUAGGGCUGGGGCUUGUCUGUGGUUCCUUUGAACUAAACCCUUCUGCCUAUAACACACAGCAGAAGACAAGGUGGAAUUAAAUACACAACAAAGCCUCUCUUCUGAAGGCUUGUGUUUCCUAUUUCAAUACAACAAAGAUACUGAUGUCUCCAGACAGGAAACUGUAAAGUACACACUUCAGGAAAGAGAAGCGCUCUUGUCAACAUUGCAAAACUGGUAACAACUUUACAGCACAGAUGAAUUAUACUAUUUAUUUAAAAGGAGAGCAAAAUAAUGGAUUACCAUAUUUUAUUAUUCAGCUGUACUUUACAAGUGUAUACGUUGUGUGUAAGGUGUCUCAUUGCUGUAAGAGAAGUCCUCUCAUGCAGUUUGGGUGAUAGAGGGCAGCAGAGCGAAGCUCAAACUGUGAAAUGCGAUUUCCAUUGUAAUAAGACACCCUGCGUUUAAAGUUUUUCUUUUUUUAACUUCAGAUGUGUGUCAUGUGUUCAAUGCACGGGGUGACAUCUACGAAAAGAUGGAAUUUUGACAACAGUGUAUUUCUUUCAUGUGAUUUAGUAUAAUUGAUAUACACUGGGUAAAGCAAUGUCAUAUGGGUAGCCAUCUCCCAAACCACUGCCAUAUUGAAGACUUCCUGAGUUAAAAAUCACAUUGAAAAAAAAUGACUCUUCAAAACCCUAUACAUGGCUCACUGAUGCCUACCAUUUCUAGUUUUGCAACUACCAAAAGCUGUGUUACAGAACCACCCGCAGUGUUUACAAGAAACACUUUACCUUUGGUGGAUCCCACGCUGUCCAUAUUGCAGAACCCCCCCACCCCCAAACAUAUCACACAGCAUAGGCAAAUAAAAUAGAAAUUUACUUUUCAAGUUUUACUCAGUAGCAUUCGUCUGAGAUGUUUUCUUCUAAACAUCUUGCACCCUCACAUAACAAUUGAGGCAGCAGUGUGGAGUAGUGGUUGUGGCUCUGGACCCUUGACUAGGGUGUCGUGGCUUCAAACCCAGGUGGGAGACGCUGCUGCUGUAUCCUUGAGCAAGGUACUUUACCUAGAUUGCCCCAGUAAAAACCCAGCUGUAUAAAUGGGUAAUUGUAUGUAAAAAAUAAUGUGAUAUAACUGUAACAAUUGUAAGUUGUCCUGGAUAAGGGUGUCUGCUAAGAAAUUAUAAUACUACUGGUACUCCAAUAUAAAUCAGUGGUGUAUUGUGGGAACAGAAAACCAGUAUUGUUAAGUGGUGUCAUUGGGAGUGGGAUCUGGAUACACUGCAAUCUUUAGAAAAUGUUUUUUUCUGCUGAUGUGAGAUCCAGUGUUGAGAAAUUUGUUGCCCAGUUGAUUUAUUAGCCAUGAUUUGCAAUUAAAAAAGUAUAUAACUCUACAAUAAGGACAACACGAUACACAGCAAAGGUAACGUACUGCAUUUCUUGUAAAAUUUCAGGUUGUUCUAACACAAACGCUACAAAGCAGGUCGCAAAUGCCUUUAUUGGCCUCUCUGCUUUUUAAAAACAGAUUUAAAAAUAAUAAAAAUAAUUAAGAACAUUUCAAAUCAUAGAAAAAAAACACACACACACAACAACAUAUUAGAAAAUGCUUAACUUGACAUUAUUUCCUUCUUACAAAUCUUUUUAAAUGCGCACAAUAGCUCAAAGUGAAGUACCAGAGUUGCCAGGCAUAGCGAAUACCUCUGAAAUCCUGAACUGGUACAGGUCCUUUGCUUCCCCAGACUGCAGUAAAACUAAUUAUCUGCAAGUCACUUUAACGUUUGAACACAAUACAUGCUAAAUGGAUUACAGCAAACUAUCCACAGUAGGUACAUAUCUGGUUUCACAGACUAGCGUACCUUAAGUACCAUUAGGUGGUUCAAGAUAUGGACAUGAACAUUAUGGACUGUGAAACCAGCCUGUAUCAACUUUCAUUGGAAUUAGAUUUUCUAGGUACAAUGACUUUUUUUUUUUUUUUUUUAAUACUGAUUCUAACGUAAACCAGUUUUUUUUUUUUUUUUGUUUUUUUUUACAACAGGGGUCUUAAAUUGGGGCAGUACUUACAAUACAGUUACCCCAGCAGCAUAAUCUGUUAUCUCAUUGUUUUACUAGGCAAAUUCUUGCUGCAUUUAUUAAACCUUUUUUUUUUUUUUAAUACCUGGAGGAGCUGAUGGGGUUUACAAAUGCACACCCCAAAGGAGAUUUAUAAAACUUUUAAUCUUCAAGCAGCUCCACUCAAGGUCCAGGGUAUGUCCAGGGGAUUGGUCUGCCUGGGCUAGUUGGUUUCUGAGGUCAGUCCGAGGAAUAUUAACCCCAGCUGAGUAUUACAUUAGAAAUCUCUGUCUCGCUGUGGUUAUCACAUAGAAAUGUUGGUUUGUAUUUGGUCAGCUUGUCUGUGGGCCUGCCCAAAUACUGCAACUGUAUAACCUUUCAACGAAAACAAGAAACAAUGCAUGCUGGUAUACCUCUCGUGCAUAACCAGUAGUAAAUAAAAAAAACACGUUCACAUUAUACAAAGCAUUGCCUACAAAACCCUACAUUUUGUUGAAGCACGUUUACAAAACAUAAAAAGCUUUCUAUAUAAUUCACCUCUAGUUAAUUUGUUACACAAUGUAAGUGCUAUUCUUACAUUGUUGGCACCAGUACCAUCACUGUUCAACCAGCAACACAAAAGCAGGCACAAGUUUACCCUUUAAAAAGCAAAGGGCAAGUGGAAUGUACUAGUACAUCAACAAUAUGUUUAUCCAAUUCGACAUAGUAAAAGCAAAGCAUAGUGAAAGCAUGGCAAAGUAUGGGUUAAGCCCAGACAGGUACGGUAAGCAUAUUAAAAAAAAAAAAAAAAAAAAAAAAAAAA